AUGCACACUGAUUAUGUAUAUUUAUCUGACAGCGUCCAUCAUCAGAGAGUGAGGACGACUUUCAGCUCCCAUCAGUUAGAGGAGCUGGAUAGAGCGUUUGAGCAUAGUCACUACCCAAAGAUCCAGACGAGUGAGCUGCUGGCCUCCUGCACCAGACUGUCUGAGAACCAGAGCCAGAACCGCAGAGGAGGACUAGAGAUGGAUGUGGAAGGGAGAACCAAUCCAGCAGCAGAUCCUGAACCAGCAGGAGCCCACGUAUCAGCAUGACUGUCUCAACACCUGGCUCUCUGUUGGCAGUCUGCUCCCUGUACAGAGCACACACCUCCUGCUCUUGGCUCCAGCUUACCGUGCUCACCUCCAGCCCUUCUGGAUAGACACUCAGCCCUGUCUAGAAGCUCCCUUGGUGUCCCUGGUUCCACCACAGCAUGUCUUUUAUUCCAGGAU